GGUCUACCGCAGCUUUGCACCUGGCACACCGAGGUCGGGGGACUGGCUGGGGACCUGAGGCCGACUGCCCGUGACUUCCAGGGGACACAUCUGCUGGAGCUUCCCCCUGAUGGGACAGCUGAGGCGCUGAGAAGUGUAGUGAGUUGUUCAAACAGAAGGACUGACUGAGGCCCCCCAUGGAGCUCCCUCUCACAGGAGCCCAUCAGCCAGCAUCCAAGCUUUCACACUCUCGCAUCACAGUGUGCAACUGGGGAAGGAGGAAGAAGAUGGGUCCUACUCCACAGAAAGCCAGAAAUUGUGAUUCAGCUUCGGUAUCAAACCAUCUAUUAGUGAAUGGAGAUGCUAAUGUGACAAAGGAAACUCAGGACAUGGGUCCUGAGAACAACCUCUGCAGGCAGUACGAGGAGAAGGUGCGUCCUUGCAUCGACCUCAUCGACUCCCUGAGGGCCCUGGGUGUGGAGAAGGACCUGGCCCUGCCUGCCAUUGCUGUCAUCGGGGACCAGAGCUCGGGCAAGAGCUCCGUGCUGGAAGCUCUGUCGGGAGUCGCUCUGCCCAGGGGCAGUGGCAUUGUCACCAGGUGCCCUCUGGUGCUGAAACUGAAGAAGCUGCGGCAGGAGGAGGAGUGGACAGGCAAAGUCAUCUACCGGGACAUCGAGGAGGAGCUCAGUGAUCCUUCCCAGGUCGAAAGAGAAGUCAACAAAGCCCAGAAUGUCAUCGCGGGGGAAGGACUGGGGAUCAGUGAAGAGCUCAUAAGUCUGGAGAUCAGCUCCCCACACGUCCCGGAUCUGACUUUGAUCGACCUUCCCGGCAUCACCAGGGUGGCUGUGGGCAAUCAGCCUGCUGACAUCGGACGCCAGAUCAAGCGACUCAUUAGGACAUACAUCCAAAAGCAGGAGACCAUCAACUUGGUGGUGGUCCCCAGUAACGUGGACAUUGCCACCACAGAGGCGCUGAGCAUGGCACAGGAGGUUGACCCAGAAGGAGACAGGACCAUAGGUAUCUUGACAAAGCCUGAUCUGGUGGACAAAGGCACCGAAGAUGAGGUUGUUAACGUGGUGAGGAAUCUCGUGUACCACCUGAAGAAGGGCUACAUGAUCGUCAAGUGCCGGGGCCAGCAGGACAUCCAGGAGCAGAUGAGCCUGACACAGGCCCUACAGAAUGAGCGUUCCUUCUUUGAGGACCACCCACAUUUCAGGGCUCUGCUGGAAGAUGGGAAAGCCACGGUGCCCUGCCUGGCAGAGAGACUGACCUCCGAGCUCAUCAAGCACAUCUGCAAAUCUCUGCCACUAUUGGAAAAUCAAAUAAAGGAGAGUCACCAGAAAGUAACAGCAGAUUUACAAAUCUGUGGCAUGGGUGUACCAGAAGAUGAUAACGAGAAAACAUCCUUUCUGAUAGACAAAAUUAAUGCAUUCAAUCAGGACAUCACUGCUUUAGUACAAGCACAGGAGACCGUGGAGGUGUUAGAGACCCGGCUAUUUACCAAACUCCGAAAUGAGUUCUUCAAUUGGAAUACUGAGAUUGAGAAACAUUUCAAAAUAGGUGAAUGUCUUGUUGAAUUUGGGCUGCUAUAGCUAACUACCUUCGACUGGGGUAUUUGUAGACAACAGAAAUUCAUUGCUCACAGUCCUGAGUGCUGGGAGAUCCAAGAUUAAGGAACGAGCCAUUUCUGUUUGCUGAGGGCACAUCUCUGCUUCCCAGAUGGGUGCCACCUCGCCGUGUCCUCAAUCAGGACAAGCAGCUCCU